GGUGCACGGCGGGCUUCCAGUUUCUCCCGGCACAGCUGGAAGUCGGGAGCUCUGUGCCCCCCAAGGGCGGGUACCCGGCGGUCCCAAGUGCCCGCGAGAGGCCCGCGGCGCCCAGGACCGCGUGGCGCACUCGGAGCGCGCCAAGUCGCGCACCGGCAAAGGGAAACGCCGACGGGCCCGGGGGCUGCUCGGCUGGGGCGCAGAGGAACGCGGCCCCGGAGCGCCUUUCGUUUUCAGGAGGCUUACUUCUGGAAAGGGACAGGGAACUGUCAAUCAGCGAGGGAGGGAGCGCACCGGCGCCGGGUGAUGUCAGCGGAUCAGCUGCUCGAUAACAAAGAGGGGGUAUUACAGGAGAAAGUUGCAGCGGCGGCAGCGGCCACGGCGGCACCUCGGAGCCUCGGAGGCGAGGGGCAAGUGGGCGAAGGGAGGGGGGACGGCUGUUGCCGCAGCAGCUGAAGGCCAAGGAAUUGAAAGGGCUGUAGGGGGAGGCACUGCGAGCCAACCCCGACUGCUCCUCCUCUUCCUCCUCCUCCUUCAAACUCGCAGGGCUCAGCCCCAGCGCUCGCUCAGCCGCCGGGAGCACCCGGAGGGACGGGAGGUAGCCGCGCGGCCCGGAGCUGGGCAGGGUCCCCAGCCGCCAUGGAUAGCGACGACGAGAUGGUGGAGGAGGCGGUGGAAGGGCACCUGGAUGACGACGGAUUGCCGCACGGGCUCUGCACGGUCACCUACUCCUCCACAGACAGAUUUGAGGGCAACUUUGUUCACGGAGAAAAGAACGGACGGGGGAAGUUCUUCUUCUUUGAUGGCAGCACCCUGGAGGGGUAUUACGUGGAUGAUGCCCUGCAGGGCCAGGGAGUUUACACCUACGAGGACGGAGGAGUUCUCCAGGGCACGUAUGUAGAUGGAGAGCUGAAUGGUCCAGCCCAGGAGUAUGACACGGAUGGGAGACUGAUCUUCAAGGGGCAGUAUAAAGAUAACAUUCGGCAUGGAGUGUGCUGGAUAUACUACCCAGAUGGAGGCAGCCUUGUAGGAGAAGUAAAUGAAGAUGGGGAGAUGACCGGGGAGAAGAUAGCCUACGUGUACCCUGAUGAGAGGACUGCACUGUAUGGGAAGUUCAUUGAUGGCGAGAUGAUAGAAGGAAAGCUGGCCACCCUCAUGGCCACCGAAGAAGGGAAGCCUCACUUUGAACUGAUGCCUGGAAAUUCAGUGUACCAUUUUGAUAAGUCAACUUCAUCUUGCAUUUCUACCGAUGCUCUUCUUCCAGAUCCUUAUGAAUCAGAAAGGGUUUAUGUUGCUGAAUCUCUCAUUUCCAGUGCUGGAGAAGGACUGUUUUCAAAGGUAGCCGUGGGACCUAAUACUGUUAUGUCUUUUUAUAAUGGAGUCCGAAUUACGCACCAGGAGGUUGACAGCAGGGACUGGGCCCUUAAUGGAAACACUCUCUCCCUCGAUGAGGAAACGGUCAUUGAUGUGCCUGAGCCCUAUAACCACGUAUCCAAGUACUGUGCCUCCUUGGGACACAAGGCUAAUCACUCCUUCACUCCAAACUGCAUCUAUGACAUGUUUGUCCACCCCCGUUUUGGACCCAUCAAGUGCAUCCGCACCCUGCGAGCUGUGGAGGCCGAUGAGGAGCUCACCGUUGCCUAUGGCUAUGACCACAGCCCCCCGGGGAAGAGUGGGCCAGAAGCCCCCGAGUGGUACCAGGUGGAGCUGAAGGCUUUCCAGGCCACCCAGCAAAAGUGAACAGCCUGGCUCUGGGGUUCAGAGACCUGGAAUAGAAACUUGGAUCUAUGCACUACGUUUAUCCGACAACCAGGGACUGCUCGUGCUGUGACAUCACAUCCUCUCACCCUGAGUUAGCAACGACUUUCUCGCAUACUAACUAGGUUUGACUGUAUUACUCAUACCAGAUUUAAAAUUAGCUAGCCUUGCAACAACGUCCUACUGAGAGGUAUUGUCGAGCAUUUGACAUAAGACAGCGUGAUGUUCUUUGGUGGUUCAAAUCUAAAUCUGUACCGCAUUCAGAGAUGCCAAAUGAUUAGACUGAAAAAGGGAAAUGGGGUUUUUCAGUCAUUUUUAGAAAGUGGUUUUCCAUGAUGUUUUUUCCUAUGGCCAAUGCAAAUUGUGUUAUCACACUUGCAUAUGUGCCAUAUUGAGGGUAGAGAAUUACUACAUCUUUAUUCUCUAAAUGUAGUAUAAUUUGCCUUUUAACCUUUGAUCUGUAUCUUGCAAUAGAAUGGCUUUGUUUUUUUCCUAGCGAAUAGAAGCCCACUUUUUGAGUCAUUUCAGCCCUUAGUCCUAUUCUCUCUUAGAUGUCCUUUACAAGAGAAAACUUCCAAAUGGAUUUUGCAUCAGUAGCAGUGUGUAGAUCUCUCUGGUUCUUUCUAUAUCAUUAUUUCAUUAUUAUGUCCUAAUAUAAAGUACUGGCUCUUAGGGCCGGGGUAUUAUUAUAGAAUAUUAUUCUCGCAUGUAAACAAAGAUAUCUUUGCUUUAAGAUGUGAGAAGAAAAGAAUUUACUUUGUUUGCAUUAAGUUAUGGAAGAGUUGUAAUAUAUUCUUUAAGAAAGAAGAGAAGAAAAUUAGGAUUCCUAAGCAGUAACUGUGGCAAUUUUGCAAUAUCUUCAAUAGCGCUAGCAAUUUUUUCUCCUUGGGUACACAUUAAAUGUACAUAACAGCGCAGUCUGGCUUGUGGCACAGUGCAUUGAAUUCAAAAGUCAAAUAGCAAACUUGAAUUCUAAUCGAAUUCAAAAAAUUUUUUUAAAUCAAUACUAUUAAGGCAGACAUACUGAUCACUAGGUACAAAUCAAACCUUAAUGCUAAAACUCUUCAUUGUAAUUUCAAAGCACUUACCUGCUUCAAAGCAUUGUAAACUGAGAGUUAACACCUGUAUAGUUUAAAAGCAGCAAUCUCCAAUAGCAUUUCAGCCAUUUUGCCAGCCAUGUGUAAUCACAACUGCAGAAAUAAGGAGAAAACCCCUGUUUUUUAGUUUAGCUAAUUAGAUCUGUAACAUAACUGGGAUUGCUCUGAAUGAAUUCUGAGAGUUUUGGUUUUUUAUAAGCACACUCACCGCAUGCCGUCACCAUGUUUUCUGUAGACGCCCUGAUGAGGCAGCUGGAAGAACUGGGGAGCAGGGAGUGCUCUGACCGGCACCCGUAAACAGUGGCUCCUGUCACCGGAGUCAGUGUGGUCUGGAAAGCUCGAGCCCGCCACGCUGUAGCAGACAGCCAGCGCUGGCUGGUUAGAGAGGCUUGCCGGGAGUGGACGGAGAGGAAGGAAGUUUGCUGUUUCUUGUCGGCUACACAGUGCUUUAUGAAGACUUUAACGGAAGUGCUUGAUCCAGGGCUGCCCACAAUGUUCAGUUCAGGUGGCCCCUGGGCACAGCAUUCAGCCCUCAAGGACGUGACAGUCGCCCUUUCCUUCCUUGGAAGGUCACCGUUCCCGGAGCACCUGGCUGCAGGCUUUGCAGCCAGGCGGUGGUGGCUUCAGGAAGAUCCGGUUGGAUCCCUGUGUGAACGCUUAAGCUGAUGAGAGGAAGAUCUUCUAGAAAGAUCUUCCACAAGAGGAAUCGAAUAGUGUUUUUAGAUUAAGAGGCACCGGGAUAGGAUGGCUUCUAUUCUGUAGAAAGAGACCAUGCUGUAAACUGUGACAGAUGGAGGAAGUCUCUGGACCUGUAUUCUGAUAGGUGCUUUAAUUUAAGUAUAUCCCAGAGUGAGUGACUGUCUUCAGGAGAAAGAGGGCUGCCGUGAGCCCGUCAGGUGCGCAGCAGAGCCAGGUGGGGGAGCGAGGCGGGGCGAGGUGGUGCAGGUUACUCCUUCCCGGCAGCUGCUCGGAAUGAUUUCAUCCCUGAGGGCGAGGUCGUUCUGGUCAGGGCCGCCCUGGGGUAUUUCUGUCCUAAGGGGCUACUCUAAUUAUCCCAUUCAAAUGGAAUUUUUUAAAAAUUUGGAUAAAAGGAAUUGAAGAGUGGUAAGUAGUGAUUAACCAGCUGAUCAGUUCUUCAAAUUAGAUGUUGAAUGAUAACACUCUAAGCUGAAAACCCAGGAGUGUGUCUGUGACCUGCAGACAAAUCAGAGGAAACAGUACACCCAAGCUACACCUCGCCCUGUCUUUCUCCUUGACUCUCCUUCCUCCUCUCUUCACAAGUAAGAAAGCCUGGGGGGUCCCCGUGUUGCAACAGCCCCAGCCGACAGCCCCCCGUCUCUCAUUCUAAGUCCUCCGUGCUCUGAGCUCUCCUCUCUCUUGAGUCUCUCUCUGGCUCUCUGAGUGGGCUUUUCACACCCCCGUCCAUGUCUUUCCCCCGUGCACACCUCUCUCCACUUGCCUGUGUCCCUGGCUCUGUCCCCACUGCUGUCCCCCGACCCCUCCUCUCACUCACACACAUUCCCACAUGUAAGUCACAGGUUGGAAUUGGAGUGGGGACUGAAAAUCACUGCGUUCUGUAGGUAGGGAGAGAAGUCGAGGGGGUCAGGGUUCCCUAAAGAAUUCAACUGUUGAGGAAGUAAAGGUUUGUUCCUUGAUUGAGCCAAAAUGUGAGUGGAAAAGCCUCAGGAUGUAUUUUUCUCCUUUACAUCCGCUGCGGAAGGAAAUGUGUCGGGAAGCCUCCGAAUCCGGUCAUUUCAUCAGCAUCAUGCAGACAGGAAUAUGGAAGAUUCCAUGUGGUGAGGAAUAAAGAAAUAGAACUUCACGCUCUCCCAAAAAACAGUGGGACCCGUGCGUGUGCGUGAUGGCACUGUCUCUAGGACGUUCACUCAGAGCUGUCUCAGUCCAACUCCUGCAUGACGAGAUCUUUCCUUAGCAUCUUUUCUAUGAUGAAAUAUUACCUUGUGUUAGAGUUAGGAAUAGGAACUAAUCUGUAGGAGCAUGUCCCUAAAUGGACAUUUGAAUGGACUAACAAAAACUGUAAGGAUUGAAUUGCUGACACAAAGGAAUGAUGAGAUUAAAAGGCAACAGAUGAGGAGGACUUGAGUCUUGUAGUACCUAUUCUUAUUUUUAACUGCUUCAUCCCGGGUCUAACUGAGAAACUAAGAAGGAAAUUAGUUUUUCAAGACCUCUUUGAACCUGUCUGGGGCUGUAGUUAAACCUAUUUACCCUCUGGGGGUUCUUCCAACUUGAAAAACUAUUUUCUUAUCACCAACAACCCAGAAAGGCCAAUGAGGCCAAAUGUAACCAUUUUUUAACAUUUAAUUGUAACUCUUAAAAUUGCAUUAAUUGUGAACAGUGAAUUAAAGGGUUGUCUUCUCAGUGAGACAGUAUGUGGCACUUUUAGUAACUUUCAUUUAAUAUAUACAAAUUUAAGUCACUCACUGCAAAAUGCAUUUAAAAUCUUCCAUGAAGGUGGAAGUAUAGCUUUCUGUUUUGCUUUGUUUUAAAACAGUUGCCUCAAGUUUCUGUCUUAAGAGUAGUGAUUUAGAAUCCAGACAUCUUUUGUUUUAGAAAAACAAGCAAAAUUAUGUUGCAAGACUGACAGUUGUUAAUGUUUAUUUGCCACAGAUCAAAGGUUCACAAAAUAUAUUAAAUUUACAUCUACUUGAGGUACCUUGAUAGAUUGUUUUUUUUUUCUUUGAUCUUUUCCCUUCAGGAAUUUGGAAUCUCGGUAUCUUUUUUUUUUCUUUUAAAAAUACUAAAUUUUACUAGUUUUCUUUUGCGAAAUGUGUGCAUACAUAUUCAAAGCAAUGAGACUAUUUCAAGCCAUACAACCACAGGGGUGGAAACCCUUUUCACAAAUUUUAAUGUGUUUGUAUGUAAAUAGAUGUUUGUAUGAAAUAUUUUCAUGGUAGAAUGAAUAUAUUUAAAAUGAAGUUGAAUUAUUCCAGUGCUAUUUAAACACAUUACAAAAAUUUUGGUGAGAAUUAUCUGAGUCUAUUGAGAUGUAAUGCAGAUCAAUUUUGAUUUUUAAAAAUCAAAAGCCUACAAAUAACUCUGACUCACAGCAACUCCCUUGGCGUGGUUGCAUCCCAUGCGGAGAGAGCUCGUAGGCUUCCCCAGUGCCUCAGCCGCUUCCUGGUGGUAAGUUAGGUGCUAAUGGAGGUGUGUUCACCUUUUAGUGAUAUCACUACAGGCCUUCGUAGGGGCCUGAGAGUGAAUCAGAGGCAUUAGAGACACCGGUGCGUUAUCCGGAGCACAAUUUCUUUGCAGGGCAGCAGAAUCAGAAGCCAGACUUGGCCGUGGGAACCUCAGAACUGGGUCUCCUGGCCGCCACCCACCGCCACCCUUACUGCCUAGUCACACAUGUCAGGGAGGCUGCCCUCAGUGGAGUUGGGGCUCAGGCCCCAGGGUGGGACUUCACGGUUUUGCCAGCGAUCGUUGCCUUCUGCCUUCCACCUCGCAGAGAGGAAGGAGAAGGGAGCAGCUGGCAAGGGGCCCAUUUCUCAGCACAGUCCAUUUCCUGUCUCAGCUCUGGAAGACUAUGCACCUAAGCACCACACUUCCAACCAGAGAGAGAGACGUCCUCGGAUAACUAAAAUCCUUGCUUCCUCUGUCUGUGACUUUACACACAGUUGUUAGAAGUUGUUUUAAUAUCAAAACCAAUCACAUCCCUAGGACAUACCUCCCAACUCUCCUGACUCUUACGUUACUGGAAAAGAAAAACUCCUUUAUAUUGAUACUCAACUUGAGUGGUUUUUUUUUUUUUUCACUUUGGUCCUAGAUAUAAUGAAAUGAUAAAUAUUACGACAAAUUUUCACUGUGUAUAGUAGCAAUAUGAACACACAUGCCAAUGUAUCUUAACAUAUCUAUUUGGUUACAUUUUGGGUUACUAUAAUUAAUCCUGAUUUAUGUAUUGGGGCACUACAGGGAUCACGUGAUGCCUGCUUACCAUAUGAGAAAGUUAUGUCCAUGAUUCUGCACUCCCUACUUCAAAAAUUGUUCCUCCUAGGUUUUCUAUGUUCUCUUUUUAUCCUGAAAUGCAUUUAUUAGGUUGCAAGGUAUGUUUAAGGAGUAGAAGCUAGGGGUAUGCUUUCAGCAUUUAUUGCAACCAAAAGUUAACCCCAUCACAGUUAAAGAGCAUCUUUGGUCUUGUGUGGAAUUUGAACUAAAUCUAUGAGCCUUAUUCAAUAUCUAUAAUUCUAUGAUUUUUUUUAAAUUAUGGGAAAUUAAUGAAAGAUGUUUACAUGAAUAAUGUUUGCCCUUACCGUGUUAUGAAUGAGUUUUUUGUAGUGUGUCUGGGUGCAUGUGCAAGAGAGUAGGAAAAAUGUUUCUGAAACAAAACUUGACAAAUAUUUGUAAUGAAAAGUAAAUUUAAAGAUUGCUAUAAUUGUGCUAUAGAAACAAUGCAAGUAUUAAACAAAAUAUACAAUCA